UCAAAUAAGACGUGUAUGACGUUGACAUUUUAAUUGACAAUUAUUUUUAUAAAUCGCCAUAAUUAUAAAUUUAUAAAUUUAACAUUGCAAAAUAUAAAUAAUUUAUGUUUAUAUAUUUUAAAUCACAGGGUACCAUAAUAAUAUACUUUAAACUAUAGUAUUAAACAAAUUGACAGGUGUGGCAAUGUCAAAUUAUGGCGAAGAACCUGAACGGGUGUGUGAACUUGAAUGUAGAGGAUUGCAGGGUCUCCCUGCCAGGCAUGAGUUUGUGGGUCCUGUGAAAAUAGUACUUAUUGAAUCAACACCUAUGGACUAUCGCUUUAAAGUAUGUUGGUCUGCGAUGGUUACUAUGUCAUUACUGUUUUUGGGAGUGCCAGCAUUCACACUAUUUUAUUAUACUCUGUAUUUCAAGUUACCACGCUUGGUAAACUUGCAUAUUUUUUUAUGCACAAUGGGCUUGCAACUGUUUAUGGUGCCUGGUAUCCUAAUGCAUAGUACAUUUUUUGGAGGAGCCAUGUUCCUAAAUCCACAUAGUAGAAGGUUUCAGCAUUUUCUAUUGCAAUCAGCUGCAGUGUUAUUCAGCCUUGCUGGUACAGUAAUAAUGGUAUCCUAUAUGACAUGCUCAGUGCACGCUCUUACAGGCUUUUUUGGUGUAUUAUUUUCCUUGUUUGCCGUUGUUCUUGGGCCUGGCGCAUACUAUUCGUCUUCGACUAGACCUGAGGGCCGGUUCAAUAGGAAACUACACAUGUACUUCGGCUUGCCUAGCUUCAUAUUGUGUUCACUGUGCUUUUUAUCGUGUUUUGCUGAAAAUAAAUUUAUAACCUGGCUUGGCAACAGACAAUACCAUUUCGUGUUAGUAGCAAUGGUUCUUUUCCAUUUUGUUUCUGUAUUAGGGGCCAUUUAUCUUAAAGCAAAGAGCGAAUCUUAAU